UGAUGUGCUCAGCUCAGCUCCCCUUUUGCUGGGCGCAGCUCAUUUAGGGCCCUGAUCAUCAAAGCCAACACCUCCCAUUCCCCCUCACCGCAAAUUGGCGCUCGCGAUCACCACAUCCACGAUCUAAUAGCUCGAUCAGUGCGCUGCUAAGACGUUCUGCAACGCGUACGAGGACUCUACGCACUUACUCAUCGUCCAGCGUCCAACGACGUGAGCCUUUGGCCUGCAGCCCCCAUCCUCCUCCGCAAAUAGUCAAAGCUCGACCAUCUCAGUCGCAACGGCUCUAAUCGCUAUCUUGGCUUAUACAACAACUUACCACUAAGGAUCUUGAUGAUGCGGUAAGAGCAUCCAUGGCCACACCUUCGAUCCCGCCCCCUUCGCCAUCCACCUCCUCGCCUGUCACGUCCGCCCACCCCAAAUUAGACGGGGUCCUCUACCACUUCUACACCAAGACUGUAGCCCUCAUAUGCUCAGAGAGAUUAGGAAACCAAACGGAGCCAGCCGGUGGUGCUGAAAAUGUCAGCACACCGGCUGGAAGUGGCUCUGCCAGUGCGGCAGAUCGGCCGAGCGCAGCAAGCGGCGCCCCGCCGAAGCGCACAAGCAGAUGGUUCUCCAUUGAGACGCCAGAGCUGACUCUCUUCAAGGAGGAGCUUCGCCUGUGGCGCCAACCCUCCACACUGAUUCCUACGAGCGUUCUUGAUGAUCUGCCCCUCGAGCGCUCCACACUCCCGGCUUACGUGCCGGAGCUCAUCUUGGACGUCAUUUUAGACCUCGAUCUCGUGCCUGAGAAUGCGUUCUUGAGGCAGUCAGGGGCCGACGCUGUCCUAGUCAAGCGUCCGAGCGAUGUAAAGGCCGUGGUGCUGGAGAGAUGGAGGCUGAGCUUCGAUGUACACACGGUACCUGCUCCUCCAGAGCUUCCUACAGUCUACAACACAUGCGUUGGUCACUUCCAGGAGAUGGACGCCAAGCUGCGCAGCUUGCCGGCCCACGGGCUGACAGCAAAGUUGCGAAGCGGCGUUGACAAGCCGCUUCGCCUUGGUCUCAGGCUCAGCGCUGGAGAAGUUGAAGAGGCCCCUUCGGUGCUUGGUCCAACAGCGGCGCUAGCUGAUUGGCCGCACAGACCUGGCUCUGUUGCCUUCGCGCCUGUGACAACCGGAAUAGGCUCGCUUUCGCUCCGCGUUGAAACUCGCACGGGAUUCGAUGUGGAAGUGGUGGAGCUUGACUCGGAGGCAAAGGGUCUCGACCUGGCCGACUUUGACGAGGGCUACUUUCGCCAUGUCGCUCCACAGGGUCAGCCUAGUGUAGCUCCUCAAAAGCUCAGUACCCCUUCAUCCGCGACUCGCUCGCUACUUUCACGAGCCGCCGAUCAGAAGGCAGCUGCAAGAAGCGGAGCUCAGCCAAUCGCAAAUACUUCUCACGCCUCGCCUUCGCCUCCAACCAUCCCCGCUGCCUCUGUUGAGAGUGCCAUGUCCCGAUCACCUGCUCCUCAAACAAGCGCAUUUGGGACGUCUGCCAGCAACAAACCUGUGGCAGGGCUUUCCAGUCUGCGUGGAGCCAGCGCGCUAAGCACCAGCCCCGCCAACACCAGAGCGCCUCUCUCAAGCGAGGCUGCGUUCUUGACGCACCAGCGCCGGCAAAGCAGCAGCGCUAGCGACCGCCGGUUGCGGACCCUUAGCAGCUACAGCUCAGAAAAGAGCAGCCCGCCGUCGCCCACUAGUGCAGCUACUCCGCAGACCCUCUCUCGGCCGGGGUUUGCGACGCGAGCCUCCGCGUUUCCCUCCUUCCGGAUGGGAUCGUAUUCUCCGUCCUCUCCAUCUCCUCUAGCACAGCAUAUGACCGCACAGCAGCGCGGCCAGCAGCCAUCCAGUAUUGACAGCGGAUCGCUUGACCAGACUCAGAUGAACCCCGGGGCAUCCCCAACUCUGCGAUCCGUCUUCCACGGGUACACUUCUUCACAAGGACCUGCCUACACCUUCUCUCCAUUCUCGCGCUCUCUAGGCCGAUCAGCGGGCGAGUCUGGCCUUGGUCUUGCCCGAACGGACGAGGCGCUACCUCGGCCAGCCUUGACGAGCUACGAUGAGGGAGCGCCCUCCACUUCGCCUGCUCUGAGCUCGACAGCUGCUCGACCGCAGAUGAUCCAGCGAUACAGCUCUACGCUGAGCUACCGGCAGGGCAGACCUCGACGGAGCUCGGCUAGUCUGACCGGCGGAGAACCGAGUGCGGCGCAACCACGACCUGGCACGAGUGAAGAUUCGAAGUACUCCAGGAGUUGGCAAGCCCGCAUCGACCAGCGUCAAGCAUACGCUGCGGCAUACCACCAGCCAUCGAGCAACGAUCCACGAAGCCUUGGCACCGCAGAAUCUGAAAGCAAGAUCGGCAGCUUUGCGAUGGGAGCUGCGUCUCCACGGCCGUCACCGAGAUAUCGAUCGUCGAUCUCAGCCAGUCAUGAAGACGACUUGGACGACCUUGUUCGCAUGAUUGAAAACCGCAACGCUAUGCGGGCAGAACCAACGCAGUCCUCUGCCAGCGCCAAACUGCCCUCAGGCGCUCUUGCCAUGAGUCCCGCUGGGCGCGCUAGCCCUGCUUUGGGUAGUGGCAGUCUAUCACGGCGACGGGGCUCCUUCCGCGCAGGAGGCAAUUCAAGCCCUCUUUCCCGGUCCCAAAUCAACGAGAUGCUAAAUCGUAUGGCUGCCUCUUUCGGAAGGCCUUCACCUACUUCUGCAGCUACCACGGGAUCGGGCGGAUCUGCAUCGGAAGGCAGCCCAUCGCAAGCGAUUGGAACCAGCGCUGAGGGCUCGCCAUCGAUUACGCGCAGUCCUCUCAGCGCACCACCCAUGUCGGCUUCCACCAAACCCAUCCGUCCUUCCUACGACGGCGCAAACACCUCGCAGGCUCGCACAAGCUCGGAGGCAUUCGUCACAUCGACUGUGCCGAUAUUUGCGAGACCCAGGCCUGCAGGAGCGUUCUCUGCUCGACCGGUGCAAUCUUACGAUGCCGACUUAGCGAUGGUUCCGAGUGGCGCUGCACUCAAUCGCGAGGGAAGCAGAAGCAGCCGUAGAGGAAGGGGUGGCGCUGGCAGUGGAAGCGGUACGAGUGGAGGCAGUGCUAGUGCCAGUGCGACCGCGAGCGCCAACGUUUCGGCCGCCAUGCAAAGAGCAACCUCGUCGGAGGACAAUCGCACUUCCCCUACCAGCCAAGCGCAUCACGGUCUACAAGGUAUGCACAGGCAUUCACGUGGGUCCAUUGAUUUGCCCUUUCCUAGGUCAUACGACGACGAGCCUAUCGGCACGAUGGAUCUGGGAGGCGAACCAGCGGGCGAAGCCUAUGCAAGGAAUUCUGCGCAGGAAAACGAAGCCCUUGCUCACUUCCUGACACGCAGAAGAGGAGGCGGGAACGGGCAGACUCAUACGCAAGUCGCCCAGCCCACUUCUGGUGGGUCUCAUCGAGGGCAAUUCUCUCGUCGUUCUGCAUCCCGAUCUGCGUCUCCUGGCGCUCGUAGUGACCAAGAUCAUGAUGAACCGGUCUGACAGAAUUCAAAGCUCUCACUGUAAUCGCCCCAUCUAACACACCGCUCAAAUUUUCCCCGUUGACCGCAUGCAUGUACAUUAAUAGAUCAUAAGUUCAUUCGGCGUUCACCACACAAGUGUACCUGGCUUUGACACCAGGCAGAGCCGGGUGUGUGCGCUCGAUGGUGCUCAAGGCAGGGAACGUCGGAUGGAUCGACCUGUGUCUCGCUAACGGGACUGUUGCAACGCGGUCGCAGACUUGAUGUCGACCAUCGCUUCGCUGCGUUGCUUGUGCGGCAUCACGCAUCAAGACCGCGAGCGCUUCGGGAUGAGGGACCGAUCCCUGGUGAGCAAAUGGAAAGAGUGCCUACCGACAAAGGAAGCGUGGUUGAAA